AUGACGAAAGGCACGCAGAGUUUUGGCAUGCGCCACAACAAGACCCACACCAUCUGUAGACGUUGUGGACGUAGCUCUUACCACAUUCAAAAGAGCAUUUGUUCUUCAUGUGGCUAUCCUGCUGCCAAGAUGCGAAAGUACAACUGGAGUCAAAAGGCUUUGCGUCGUCGCACCACAGGAACUGGCCGCAUGCGCCACCUGAAGAAUGUUCAGCGCAAGUUUAAGAAUGGUUUCCGUGAGGGAUCGUCCGCUGUGUCGAAGAAGGCCGCCACCAACUAA